AUGCAGAGGCUGCCCACGGCUACGACCGCCGGCGCCGGCAUCGUCGCGACGGCGUUGCUGGUGGCACUGCUGCUCGUCUCCGUCUUGCCGGGUGCCAGCGGUGGCGACGCUGGGCCCCCGCUCGGCGGCAGGAAGAUGGGGUUCGCCGGGGAGACCGCAGGAGUACUUGCCCGGUACUUCAACAAGGGCGCGAAUGUCGAAGCGGCAGCAGCACCGCCUGGCCGCGCGCCCGCGCCGCCGCCGCCGGCGGUGGCCGGUACGCCGGCACAGUUCCGCGGGCAGCCGCUGCUCCCGCGCUUCGCCACGCCGCGCCGCUACGACCUGCGCAUCCGCCCCGACCUCGUCGCCUGCACCUUCUCGGGCACCGCUGCCGUCGCCGUCGCUGUCUCCGCGCCCACCCGCUUCCUCGUCCUCAACGCCGCCGACCUCUCAGUCGACAGCGCCUCCAUCCGUUUCCGGGAUCUGGCGCCUAAGGAGGUGGUGUUUUUCGAUGACGACGAGAUCCUGGUGCUCGGAUUCUCCAAGGACCUGCCACUCGGUGAGGGCGUGCUCAGUAUGAAAUUUAACGGCACGCUCAACGACCAGAUGAGGGGGUUCUAUCGGAGUAAGUACCAGUAUAAGGGAAAGAUGAAGAAUAUGGCAGUGACACAAUUUGAGUCUGUGGAUGCUCGGCGGUGCUUCCCAUGCUGGGAUGAGCCUGCAUUCAAGGCUAGGUUCAAGCUAACACUUGAAGUACCAGUGGGGAUGGUGGCAUUGUCCAAUAUGCCAAUAGCUAAUCAGACAGUUGCUGGUCCUAUCAAGACUGUUCGCUAUGUGGAAUCACCUCUUAUGUCGACUUAUUUAGUGGCUAUAGUUGUUGGUUUGCUUGAAUAUAUAGAGGGUGUAACACCAGAAGGCACAAAAGUUCGUGUGUACACUCAAGUUGGCAAGAGUAACCAAGGGAAGUUUGCACUGGAUGUUGGAAUCAAGUCAUUGCAUCUUUAUAAAGAUUACUUUGGUACUCCUUAUCCGCUUCCCAAAUUGGAUAUGGUUGCCAUCCCUGAUUUUGCUGCCGGAGCCAUGGAGAACUAUGGGCUGGUUACUUUCCGCGAAGUGGCUUUGCUUUUUGAUGAGGAGUCUUCAGCGGAAUCCAGCAAACAGAGUAUUGCAAUUACUGUAGCACAUGAGCUGGCUCAUCAGUGGUUUGGCAAUCUUGUAACCAUGGAGUGGUGGACUCACUUGUGGCUAAACGAAGGUUUUGCUACAUGGAUGAGUAAUCUAGCUGUAGAUUCUUUCUUUCCGCAAUGGAAUAUCUGGACACAAUUCCUUGAUGACACAACUGCUGGUCUCAAAUUGGAUUCACUUGCAGAGUCUCACCCUAUUGAGGUUGAAAUACAUCAUGCCAGUGAAGUUGAUGAAAUUUUUGAUGCCAUAAGCUACGAUAAGGGUGCUUCUGUUAUUCGUAUGCUACAGAAUUACCUUGGGGCAGAGCGUUUUCAGAAAGCGUUGGCUUCAUAUAUAAGAAAAUUUGCCUACUCAAAUGCUAAAACUGAGGACCUGUGGGCUGUUCUUGAAGAGAAAUCUGGCGAACCUGUCAAGAAUAUGAUGACUACAUGGACAAAGCAACAAGGGUACCCUGUUAUUAAUGCAAAGCUUCAAGGGAAUUAUCUAGAACUUGAACAGGCACAGUUUUUGUUAGAUGGGUCCUCUGGCCCCGGAAUGUGGAUUGUCCCUAUAACUGUAGGCUGUGGUUCAUAUUAUACACAGAAAAAAUUUCUACUGAAAGGCAAAAGUCAUAGGCUGGAUAUAAGAGACAUUGCUUCACAGUGUGGUAACCAAGAGAAGGGUGGAGACUUUUGGAUUAAGUUGAACAUUAAUCAAACAGGGUUCUAUAGAGUUCAAUACGACGAUAAACUUGCAGCUGCACUUGAAAAUGCAUUGCAGGCCAAGAAGCUCUCUGUAAUGGAUAAAAUUGGCAUUGUGGAAGAUUCACUGGCCUUAUCUAUCGCCUGCAAACAAACCUUAACAUCAUUGCUACGUUUACUGUAUGCUUACCGUGGGGAGGCUGAUUACAGUGUUCUUUCACACAUAAAUACUGUGAGUUUAAGUAUUGCUAAAAUAUCGGUUGAUGCUACUCCUGGAUUGGUCGGUGACAUCAAACAACUUCUGAUCAAGCUUCUUCUGCCACCUGCUGUAAAAUUAGGCUGGGACCCCAAGGAUGGUGAGAGCCACCUGGACUCGUUGCUUAGACCAGUGCUCUUGGUUGCUCUUGUCAAACUUGGGCAUGAUAAGACUAUAAAUGAGGGAGUUAGGCGUUUCAGUAUCUUUGUACAUGAUCGCAACACUUCUCUUCUUCCUCCUGAUACCAGAAAGGCUGCAUACCUCGCUGCAAUGCAGAAUGUUACUACUUCAUACAGAUCUGCUUAUAAUGAUCUUCUGAAAGUCUACACGGUGUCAGAUGAAGCAGAGGAAAGGGGGCGUGUCUUAAGCACAUUGUGUUAUUGUAAGGAUAAGAAUAUUGUUCUUGAAUCAUUGAAUCUUCUUUUCACCAAUGAGUUUCGCAAGCAAGAUGCAUAUUAUGUACUUCAAGGUCUUAGCAUGGAGACACGUGAUACCGCAUGGGUGUGGUUGAAGGGUAACUGGGAUCUUAUGGCAAAGAAAUACGGGGACACACAAGAAGGAAGUUUUAUCAGAUAUGUCACCACAUUGUUCACCUCCAACGAGAAGGCAGCAGAGUUCUCCCGCUUCUUCGCCACCCGCAAGAAGCCUGAAUUCCAGAGAACACUGAAGCAGAGCCUUGAGAACAUAUGGAUCAGCGCAAGGUGGAUCCAGGGCAUCAAGAGCGAGCCCAGGCUCGCUCAAACGGUGCAGGAGCUGCUGCGUAGACCCUGA